AUGUCUCCACUCGAGGGCGGCCGGGCCGGCAUUGUCAUCUUGGCCCACGAUCGCCCAGACUGUCUUGCACGGUGCCUGGAGUCCUUAGCUCAGCAGCCGGACCUUGGCCUGGUGGCCUCCGUGGUCUCCCUGGAUCACAAAGAGUCCUUCCAAACGAUGGAGGCUGUGGUUGACAAGUAUUCCAAGUUUAACAUCAACGUUUGGCGCAAGCCGGACGACCCAAGUCUCAAGGUUGCGGUAGCAAAGAUCGCCGCGCAUUUCAAGUUUGCCCUUUCGCAAAGUUUCGAAGUGGCUGGAUUUGAAUUUGCUAUCUUUGUUGAGAAUGAUCUCACAUUGGCACCAGACUUUCUCUGGUACUUCCGGCUCACGGCACCACUACUGGAACGUGACCCUUCAAUUUGGUGUGUCUCUGCUUGGAACGACAAUGGUUUUCUUGAGCUCGCGCCCGAUGAGCAUCGUCUGUUCAGAACAGACUAUUUUCCGGGCUUGGGUUGGAUGAUUCGUAACAGCACGUGGCCGCUGUUGCGUGAAUCCUGGCCCCGAUUUCCAAGCACGGGCUGGGAUCACUGGAUACGGCACGGCUCUGCAGUCUCGACAUUCUCGAAGCGAGACUGCAUAGCGCCAGAAGCCCCGCGCACACGGCACGUGGACACCAAAGGCACAAACGUCAAGGCAGGGACUCCCAUUCUCAAGCUUUUGGAGAAGAUGGCAACCAGCAAACUGCCUCAUGGCGAGCUGCACGAUGUCACAUAUUUAUUGAGGGAUGAAUAUGAGGCCACCGUCCACCGAAUUCUGCAGGAUGGAGAGGUGGUGCAGUCUGUGAACACCCUUUCUGCAUUGUCUACCGGCAGAAAGUCUGGACGAUACCAGCUCAUUCCGUAUGUUCGUGAGGAGUUCUCCUCCCUGGCAAAGAAGCUUCAGUUAUAUCCUGGACAACCCAGAGGAGGUUGGCGAGGCAUAAUCUUCAGCCGACAUCCACAGUCACAUUUGCCACUGGCCUUGAUCGAUCGGCGCCAGGGUGAGGGCAUUCUCCCGGAGAAGGACCUCUGGCGUGCAGAGCCAGGCAACAUCCUUAUGAAGGCCAAGCCGGGCAAGUCCUGCGACAGCGCUUGCGGUGCGGUCGGCCUCAAAUGUGACAUCCGGCAGAUGGAGUAUGCCAACAAUUGCAAGGCAUUAAAGCAACAUUUCCCAUGCGAGAAUGGCUGCGGGCAUCAGGUUGGGGCCGAGAUACCCUGCUAUGUGCAUGAGAAGACGCGUGACACAGCCUUACAGUGCUUGGUCACUGACGAGUCAGCGCCUAAUUGUAGCGCUCAGCAUCCAGCAACUACUCGUUUGUGCACAUGCAGCCCAGCACAAAAAAGGCAUGCCGGAUAUUUAUCGAGAUAA